AUGGACCCUCGGCAAUCACUUUCAAGGACAACAUCGUCCGGUGUUGGAACACCGCAGAAUACAUACAAUCCCAAUAACAUGGCGACAACCUACGGCAUGCCUCCCUACCAGAAUAACACUCACCUGCCACCCAUCAACUACUCGCAACUCCCUCCCGCCGGUCAAAACUACAUGCAGCAACAGUACCGCAACGAUCUGCCUCGCUACACCUCUGCACCCACAAACGCCCCAGUGCCCUCCCCUGCGCCCGACAAUCGAUACUCGCAGAUGAACCCCCAGGGCCCCAUGGGUGGCUUGCCGCCGACUUCUAUGCUGCCGUCUCCUCAUCAACAGCCGCAACAGCCUCCUCAGCAACAACAGCCGCAACACCAGGGCUAUCCUCAACAGCCACCUCCUCGUCAGAGCUACCCACAGCCACUUGCUCCGGCCCCUCCUCGCCCAAGUAUCGAUGCUCUCGGACAAGGUUACCCUCAACCCGAUAACCGCGGACAACCCUGGACUGGUGCAGAGUCGAUGCCAGGCAUGACUACUGAUGUCGGCCGCGACCCAACAAGAACCCAUGUUGUCGGUUCCCAAGGACGAAGAGGCAUUUUGCCCAGUGCCCCGGGCCGACCUCCGGUCAUGGCAAACGGCGUCAACGGUUCGACAAAGGGAAAUGCAGUCCCUCAGAAAGAUGCCGAUGGCAAAUUUCCGUGCCCCAACUGCACCAAGACCUAUCUGCACGCGAAGCAUCUCAAGCGUCACAUGCUCAGACACACCGGCGAUCGACCCUACAUGUGCGUUCUUUGCAACGAUACUUUCAGUCGAAGUGAUAUCUUGAAGCGACACUUUCAAAAGUGUUCCGUCCGCCGUGGUAACCCAACUGGAGCCAGCCACUUGUCCAACCCUGCCGCCCAUCUCAAGAAGUCCCAACAAGCGGCAGCCAAAGCUGCUGCCGCCGCCGGGCAAAACAACUCACCCGCCAAUGCCUCGACCCCGACCAGCGGCGUCAUGGCUAACCCUCCUUACACCACUGCUGCCAUGCCGAGCACAUCUGCGCCUACCACGACUGCUUCGGCACCUGGAAUGGCAUAUGGAAUGGGUGCUAAUGGCCAAGGCGACAUGCAACGCCAGGGACAGGCAAUGCAGGCUGGUGCCACACCUGGUGCCAUGGACCCCAAUGGUCACAACUCGUGGCAGAUGCAUGAUGCUAGAGGCAAUCAGCUGAUGUAUCAAUCGACUUCCGCAGCUCCUAAUCACUAUGGCAUGCAGCCCGGUGGAGGGGACGACAAGCGCAACGUUAUGCCUGGCGCUCAUCACAUGGGAGACGAAUGGAACCACAUGUUUCCCCCUGGUGGCAACGAGGGCUACAUGAACCCCAUGUUUGGUGGUUACGACCAGUCACAGGGUGACGUGAAAAAGGAGUAUGAAUCUCAUGAAGGUGGAUCGAAUGGUUACUACAUUCCUUCUACGAGCCUUGGAGCUGACGGUACGCUUGGACCCCCUCUCUGGAACCUGCAUGCAUAUCGGCAAGACUUGUUGCAAGCCAAAUUGAACGCCUUAUUAACGUUUGUUUUCCCUGGGGGAAUACAGGAAUCGCUCCAAGAGCAGCAAAAUAACCUCAAUUUGCAAGCAUACCUGACCGUCGACGCAAUCCAACAUUUUCUCGAUCUUUUCCCAAAUUUCCAAGGUCAUUUUCCCUGGCUGCACGUACCGACUUUCGAUUUUCUAACCGCUUACGACGGCCUCGCCCUUGUUAUCAUAUGCAGUGGAGCUGUAUAUUCGGAUCGUAUUUCGCAAGAUCAGGUCCGGGACUUGAUGCAGCACGUAAAAGAAGGCAUCGAACGGACAUCAAGCAUUCUCAAGAAUCUGGAGCAGGGCACACCACAAUCGCAGUUUCCGGCAUCGGGAAUCGAAUAUGAAGAGCUCCAGGCGCUGACAAUCCUGCAAACCCUUAUCGUCUGGCACGGCGGCCCCGAUGAGCGCGCUUUGGCUCGAGCUGAAAGCAAAAGAAUCAUGUACCUGGUGCGAACAUUUGACAUGUUGACCUUGGCCGGUCCUGACGAUCCCGUCGGGCACAGCUAUCUUCACAGUCUUCAGCCCGGCGAGGAAGCCGAUCCCUCUCGCUGGGACUGGCGCUCAUGGAUAGAGCAAGAGAAGCGCUCCAGGUUGAUGUUCAUGGUGUUCUUGUGGGAUGCUGCCAUGUGCAUAUACUUCAAUGUUCCACCUCAAUUUUCCUCGGCCGAGAUCAAACUUCCAUUGCCUUGUGAUGAUGCCGCAUGGGAAGCCCAGGAUGCUGAAACUUGUGCCCAAGCGCUUGGUCUCCGAGGCCCCGUCUCCCAAUCAGCAAUCAACGUUACGGGAUCCCACCGACUGAAGCAGUUGGAGAUGCACCAUGCAAUGAGUGCUUUGCACAGUUCGACAGUACUCAUGCAUCCACGAACCACCAACAUCUAUUCAAAGUUUAUUCUUAUCCACGCCCUUCACUCCGAGAUUUGGCAAGUGCAACGACAGCGGUCAUUCGUCAGCCCCGUGGGCUCUCCGUCAAGCAACACCUCCUCUCUGGACCAGGCAAUGAAUAUGUACAAUUCUAUCAAUAUGGCUCUAGCUCGGUGGAAACAGUCAUGGGACGAAGAUCUGGCCCUCCAAUACCCUGCAUACGACGGAUACUCCCAGGCUCCUAAGCGUGUGGGAUUCUGUCGCGAUGGCGUUCAUUUCUACUGGCUUGCUCGGGCAUUUUUGCAACCUGAUCGUAUCCAUGAUUGGCAAUUACCUCCAGACACCCGCUUACAGCAGGCUCUCCAGGGACUCAAACAAGCUCGCGAAUGGAGUCGAACAGAUGGAGCUCGGAGAGGUGAAGAACCUGGAAGUGUGGCAUACAUCGAUGACAACUACGCUGUUGCUUCAGAAGUCCUCAACAUGAGAGGUUUAUUUCGACCCCUGACAAUGAUCUCUGAUGAUCCGGCGGUGCUUGAAUAA